GCCAAUCAUACCAUAAAACAAAACCCAGAAAAUCAGCACCUCCAACAACAAAAUAGCGCUUCUCUUCAAUCGUCCCCUCUCUCCCUGCAACAAUGGAGAGCAUCAAUUCUCAAUCCUUCUUUCGGCACAUCAGAUCUAGAGAGCUCAGCGGAUUUCGAGUUCGGAAACGGCCAUAUAUCGGUGAAUUGGCAUCGGAUUUCAGCGAAAUCGGAACCUUAGUGGUCGAGCACGGCGGCGAGGAAACUCCUCCGUUGGCCAUGUCCUUUUGUAAGACUAGUAAGUGUUCUCACGUUCUUGCUGUGGCGGAUGAGGAUGGCUAUGUGAGCUUGUUUGAUACUCGUAGGAAGUUUACCUCUUUUGCAUCUCCCCUCGAAAAUACAGGGAAAGCUAGAGCUAAUGAUUGGGUGGCUCAUCAGAAUGCCAUAUUUGAUGUAUGCUGGAUCAAGGAAGAUACCAACAUCUUAACAGCUUCUGGUGAUCAAACUAUAAGGUUAUGGGACGCAAAGAAUGGGAUAUGCACUGGAGUGUUGACAGGGCACACGGGAAGUGUGAAAUCUGUGUCUUGUCAUCCCACAAAUUCCGAUCUUAUUGUCUCUGGUUCAAGAGAUGGGUCCUUUACAAUAUGGGACCUAAGAUGCAAGACUAGUCCAAAAGGCAGGCGGAGUGAUGUUUGCAUUGCCUCAACUGCAAUGGUCAAAGGAGCUCAUGUUUCACCUCAGACAAAGCGAAUCAGGCGUGGCAAGGCUGCCUCCAUGAGCAUUACAUCUGUUCUUUAUCUCAAAGAUGAAGUUUCCAUUGCUUCCGCUGGAGCAACGGAUAGUACGAUAAAAUUCUGGGAUACCAGGAAUCUGAAGACUCACAUUACUCAGGCAUGCAUUCAUCCAGAGUCAUCAGCUGAAAAGGACAAAGUAUUACAUGGUAUAUCAAGCCUGUCCCAGGAUUCAAAUGGAAUGUUCCUUACAGCUUCAUGCAUGGACAAUAGAAUAUACCUGUAUAAUGUACUUCAGCUUGAUAAGGGUCCUGUACAGUCCUUCUCUGGAUGCCAAAUAGAAUCAUUCUAUGUGAAGGCAGCAAUUAGUCCUGAUGGAGCUCAUAUCAUAAGUGGCUCCAGUAAUGGAAGUGCUUACGUUUGGCAGGUGGACAGGCCUCAAGGUUAUCCCAGCACAUUGAAGAGUCACAGGGGAGAAGUUACAGCAGUAGAUUGGUGCUCAUCAGAAGUUGGAAAGCUAGCAACUUCUGCAGAUGAUUUCACGGUUUGCAUCUGGAACAUCAAAAACAGUUACUGCUCCAGUGCAAGGUCAUCAUCAUCUUCAAUCCGAAGAAGAGUAAUGGCUUUACCAAGUGAAGAAUGCAGGGAACUUUUGAUGAAUGGAAAUUCAGAGGGCUCAAAAGAGAGUUUGCAUAUUGCACAUGUCAGAGAACGCGUAGCACCAAAAUCACCCAUCAAUCCAAUCAAAAUGCCAACAAUUAGUACUCCUGAAGCUCAAAUGAAAAAAGUUUCUUCGAGUUCUGAUUCAAAUGAAACCUUAGAGAAAACUCCUGAAGCAAUGAAGAGUCCUUCAAUACUGAGCCCCCCUUCCUCCUUGAAAAGAACUAUUCGAGAUUACUUUGUAGCAGCCUCAUGAAACUUCAUGGUUAAUUUAUUUUUGGAAAAAUAUAGUUAUAAGUGAAAGAAAGGUUGUACAGAAUGUUUCUAGGCUUGUAUCUUGCAGUUACCUUGAGCGGCAGGUUUGCCAAUUUUGCAGAUUAUUGAGAGCAAGUUUUCUU